AUGUCUUCAUUUUUCAAAUUCCUCUUCUCCUUUGUGGCCAUUUUUAUAUUGGGCAGUUUAUCGGUGAUGUUAUUAACAAGAGAUCAACAAUCAUUGCACAGAGACCAAGCCAGAUGUCGAUAUUGCAAUGGAGUUCUAGCGCUGACACUGGAGACACAGAGAAAUCUGAGUGAUCCCGAGCAACUUUUUGACUCAAAGUUCAUGGAGAGUCGAGUGGGCGAAGAGUUUUGUUUAAACGUUCCGAUGAAUGAAGAAAGUCGGCAUUUACAACACAAAUGCUUGGGCGUUGUGCUCGAGUUGUUAACGGAGAGGAUGUUGCGAAUGUUAUGGGAACUCCGGGAUGAUCCAUCAAAAGAUAAAGCGUAUCUCUGCGAAAUGUGGUGGCCCGAUUUGAAGUGUGAAUUUGAA